CGAUUUUGUCGCCGUUGCACAAACAUGACAAUAUUGUGCUGCUUUCGAGAAAACUAAUUUUUACGCGCGUGGAACUGGCGUGUCUGAUCUAACGAACUGAUUGAUGUGAUUUGUGCGUUUGGACCUUGACAUGAUGUGGACCUCCAAAGCAAAGAACAAUGUUUCCACAAAACGGAAAGAGAACAGCGGAGUGGUAACAUUUCCGCCUAUUCCCAAGAGCUGCUCGAACUCACGUCAGGAGCUGAGUGACAGGAAACCCACAUUUCAAAGACUUCAGGAGUUGUUCUUUGCUUCUGGUCCGACUGGACUCAAACAGGAGGCUUACCAUCUGCUCGAUUCAGGGCUGAGAAAUAAGCAGAAGGCCGAGGGCCACAGGAGCGUUCCUCCUUUAAGAGUGAACAUGAGGGCCCACUCGCAGAUAAAAGCACAUUUCAGACAUCGCCUGCAGCAGCUUCGUAUCAGUCACACCGAGCAGAAUUUAAAAUCCGAAGAGACGGGGGUGGAUGUGCUGAGCUUACUGAAGGAACAAAGCGUUUUAUUAAAGGACAAGUCUUUAGGAGGUCUGCUGGGUGCUGGAGGGGCAGAGAGCUUUCCGGGUUGUCCUCCGGGGUUCUUGCGAAGCCUGACGGUGCUGGGGGUGGGUGAGGCGGCAGGGGGGGCCGGCCCUGACGGGGACGGGGCUGGCCUCUCCCCGGUGGUCAGUCCCAGGCCGGGGGCCCCUUCAGACAGUCUGCGCAAGAGAGCCCUCCUGGGCUCUGCGAGCUGUAGCAAGAGGAAGAGUGUGUGCGAGGAAGGACGGCCUCGUUCACCUGGCUCCACCACCAGUGACAUCAUCAGAGGGAACGUCACCUUACCUUGCUGUGCCCGGAAGAGAAGAUUCAUGAUCUAUAUCUGCGGUGGAUAUAAAGACACGGUGGCUGAGAGGACAGCGCUGGUGGAGAAGGCCUACCCCCCUCUGUAUGUGUACUGUAAGCAGCGCGGGUACGACCUGCGGAUGCUGGAUCUGCGGCGGGGUGUGGAGGACGCCAUCACCGACAGGAACGACACCGCGGCUCUGCACGUGGAGGCCCUCCGGGAGUGCCAGGAGGCCCAGGGGCACCUCUUCUUCCUGUUCACAGGCCAGAAGCACGAAGUGCAGACUCUGCCACUCAGCAUGUCCGCAGAGGAGUUUGAGGCCGUCCUCGACGUGCUGGAGAAAGAGAAGCAGGACUUGUCUAAGAGGAGGCAGAUGAGCUUGAGUGAGCUGGGUCUGGAGUCCCAGUCCAGCUUCGCCGUCAGCGACACAAGCAGCUUCGCCUCCGAGCUGGGACAGAGCCAGACAGACUCGGCCGAGAGCUCAACGCUGCUGAGCGCCAGCGAGGUUUCCCAGAAUUCCCUCACUGACGACGAGGAGGUUGGCGCCACGCCCUUGGGAAUUCGGUGUUGGGCCGACGCGGAUAAGGACCAGAACCUCCUGCGGAUGUGCUACAGACUGGACGAGAACUGCCUUCCUCCUGUCUACUGCCUCCUUCCUGUCAGCACCCACUUCUCGGACAUGCUCAGUACGGACGGGGCUCGGCGGCGAGAGGCCAAGAGGGCGUGGCAGUCAGUGUGCGUCCGCCUGUGGGGGGUGCUGCAGCGCAACGGCCCGGGGGUGCUGGGCGAGGAGCAGUCUGCCCGACUGCUGAGGACAGUGCUGGCGUCGGAGGUAGAGCAGGGCCUCAGUGUACAAGGCCCGCCUGAGCAACACUGCCACUGGUACAAGAGGAACAUCUCCGACAUCACCUACAAUCUGAAGAGCGACAAGGCUUCAAAAUACAUAGACAUCUUAAAAGGUCGACCUGAGGUCAACCAGAACCUUUAUUCCUGCCAUCAGAGGUUCAUGGAGAGCAUCCACACGAAGCUUCGGCACACAAAUAUUUAUGAGUUGAGUGUGGGCUGGGGCCGAAAUGGCCUGAACCCCGAAACGAACCGAUCGCACCUGUUCUACACCGAGCGCCUCUGCUCCGACUUCAGGAGGAUCGUGAUCAAUCACCUGAACAGGCACAUUAAAGUGAGCAGUAUGAAAUGUUCGCCGGAUGUCAAGCGGAGGAAAGCUUCCAGGAUCAGAACGCAGGACGAGAUCCUCCAGCACGUUCACCGCGCGCAGGAGCUGGAUAAGCGCUGUGAUUACAGAGAGACGGUCCUAUCGGAUUUGAGGAGGGAGUUGGAGAGCUCCAAUCAGAGGCCUGUUCUCCUUCUGGGGGAGGCGGGGUGGGGGAAGAGCACCACCAUGGCCCGAGUUGCUCUGCUGGCCUCUGGCUGGGUAGCAGGAGAUGUGAAGGUCCUGGUCCGCUUCGUCGGGCACACUGGUGACAGUCGGAACGUGAGACUGCUGCUCCAGAGCCUGAGUUUUCAGCUGGCAGAGGCGUAUGCUGAUCAUGUCCGCCUGUCCGAGGUACAGCCAACAUUUGUAUGAAUUGUAUGUUAAUAUGUCGAAGUAAAAAAUAUAAAACAGUACAUAAUAUGUGAUAAACAACAUAGUGUUGGUGCCUCAACAGUGAGUCAUAUUUUUAGGUUUGCAAAAAAAGGAUACAAGAUACAUAGACCAUGACAAAAUGUCUUUAUAAGAUGAGAAUCUGCACCCAAGGGAUGCAAGAUACAUGGACCAUGCCAAGAAUUUAAAUAAAAAAGCUGAGAAUCUGCAGCUUAACCACAUGUGGAAUGUUUGAUUACAAGUCAGUAAUUU